CGCCUGUGUGAACCACUGGACUGUACUGUGUGAACCUAGCAAGAAAUGACGCUACGAUCACAAUUUACGACAGACCUUGUUGAUGUGGUAACCGUGUCCAAUCCACUGUCAACCCUCUACUCGCAUAGCCUUAUUCGUGCUCAAACACUGCAGAGCGAUUCUUAAAUAAAAUUCAUCCGUCAAAAUGGCCCAAGAAGUUGAGGAAACCAUGAAACGCAUCCAGUCCCACAAAGGAGUCGUUGGAACGAUUGUCGUCAACUCGGAAGGGAUUCCAAUAAAAUCAACUUUGGACAAUACUACAACGAUUCAAUACGCAGGACUAAUAAGUCAACUCUCGGACAAAGCUCGUUCGGUAGUAAGAGAUCUUGAUCCAACGAAUGAUCUGACGUUCCUCCGGAUUCGAAGCAAGAAGCAUGAAGUGAUGGUUGCCCCGGAUAAAGAGUUCAUUCUUAUAGUUGUUCAAAAUCCGGUGGACUAAAAUAACUGAUCCAACUUUGCACUUUGUUUUGCCUCGUGCCUCAUAUUUUACAUGAGAAAUAUUUCCUUCUUUAUUACCACAAGCAAUUAUCUCAAUGCUGCUUAAUAAUUGUAAAUCUUAACAUGUUUGUAUUAGUCUAUUUGUGCUAAGUGCAAGCUAGGUGGUACGUUAUUCAAAUAUUUUUUGAUAAACAUAGUUACACUUUUUACUUGAGUCUCGAUCUUUGGUCAGUUGUUAAGGCAGUCGUGAUUUUAAAAUUGACUAACUAAUUGGAGAAAUGAUUUAUAACGUUUAGGUAGAAAGCAAUGUUUAUUACAAAUAUAUUUUUUUCAAGUUAUUUUUUUGAUUGUGUAUCAAAAUUAUGUGUGCCUACAAUAAACUUAUAUUUAUAAUUUAUGACACAAAAUUCGUGAUUGAAAAAACAGUAGAGUUCAGUUCUGUCGUACUACUACUCAUUCAUAAUCAUGGUAAAUAAUCGAUGUUAAAUCUUUGAAAUAGUAUGCAGUGUAUACUUACACACAUAGAGAUGACGAAUUUUCAAAAAGUAGAAGUACGCCUGAAAGUGAGACAACGUAUACCAUAAAACCCUUUUUCCUACGUUUCAAAAGCUCAAACUAAAGUCUAAAUAGACUGAAAGUAUUCACAGUAUAUCCAUAAUUGAGUUGAGGAAGCAAUAAUGUGUAGUCAAUCUAGUACUUCCAGAUGGGCAAACCAUGAUUGGAAGCAAUGCGUUCACGUGCAUUCUUUUUGCAACCUUUGAUACCUUCUGCAACUACAUAAGAACAAUUCGAAUUAGGAAUAUAAUUGCAAAGCAGAUUUGUACAGAAACUGUUCAAAACAGACAGAAUGCAAGCUAUUCGGCCUUUGUCAAUUAGCUGUUAGGGCUAGGGCAACUGCUUUAGAAUACCCGAUAAGGAUACCCAUCAUUUUCUCUUAUAAAAACUAUCAACUUUAGGCGAAAAUUUCAACAAAAUAUUGAUCAUAUUUCUAACCUAAACGGAGUAAGGUGUCUUACAUGCAGAAACACCAAGUGACCGCCAUACAAUUGACACCCAAUUCACAUUGCUUUAUAAGGGCUGUUCUGUAAAUAGGUGGCUCACUAUCAGGCGGUUAAUUCUCCUAACAAUGAAAUUGGAAUUCAUAUAAUUUUAACUAAUUAUAAUUUUGUAAUACGUGUGUAUGCUGACUGGAAGAUAUACUUUCAUGAUAAAAUA